CCGGCCCUGCCCACGCUGCCCUGAGGUUGAAAUGCAGAAGUCAAGGCUCUCUUGUCGGGAUGUAGAUUUCCUUGUAGUUCUUUUCUUCCUCACGCUACUGUUCCCUCCUCAGCGGAGAUCAGAGAGGCUCGGGGCCAGUGCGGCCAGGAGCGCAGGAGGCCGGGAGUCGGUUCCCGGGCAUAGGGAUCCGUUGGGAUUUAGGGCCGGCCUCGAGGUGUCCCGCUCAGAGGAAUGGAACCUGCCUUCGGGGAAGUGAACCAGCUCGGGGGGGUGUUUGUCAACGGGAGACCCCUGCCCAAUGCCAUCAGGCUGCGGAUUGUGGAACUGGCGCAACUGGGUAUCAGGCCGUGUGACAUCAGCCGGCAGCUCCGCGUUUCCCACGGCUGUGUCAGCAAAAUCCUGGCUCGCUACAACGAGACCGGCUCCAUCCUACCGGGGGCUAUCGGCGGCAGCAAGCCUCGGGUCACCACUCCCACGGUGGUAAAACAUAUCCGGACCUACAAACAAAGGGAUCCGGGCAUCUUCGCCUGGGAGAUCCGGGAUCGCCUGCUGGCCGAUGGCGUGUGUGACAAGUACAACGUGCCGUCGGUUAGCUCCAUCAGCCGCAUCCUCCGGAACAAAAUCGGGAACCUGUCUCAGCAGACUCACUACGAGUCUUACAAGCAGCACCAGCCGCCCCCACAGCCUGCUCUGUCCUACAACCACAUCUACCCCUACCCCAGCCCCAUCGCUGCUGCAGGAGCCAAGGUGUCCACACCUCCCGGAGUGCCGGCGAUCCCCAGCACCAUGGCCAUGCCCAGGACGUGGCCGUCCUCUCACUCGGUGACGGACAUCCUGGGGAUCCGGUCCAUCACAGACCAAGCAGUGAAUGACACUUCGCCUUACCCCAGCCCCAAGGUGGAGGAAUGGAGCAGCUUGGGCCGAAACAGCUUCCACCCGCCGACCCAGCAUGCCGUGAACGGGUUGGAGAAGAGCUCCCUUGAGCAGGAGGCCAAGUACAGCCAGGUGAUCUGGAUGGCACCCAAUUCGAACCCCAUUUGUGAGACCUGCCUCUUACUGGCCACCUGCUUCCACGGCCAAAACACAGUGCCCUGUCCACCAACCCACAUGGCUUCAGGGCACUCCACCCGGAUGAAACUAAUAAAGAAAGUCAGAGAGGCACCCAAUGGCCUCCCAGCUGUCAGCAGUUUUGUGUCCGCACCAGCCAUGCCUCCCUACGCCACACCGGCCCAAGUGUCACCUUACAUGACGUACAGCGCCACUCCAUCCAGCUACAUGGCCAGCCAUGGCUGGCAGCACGCCGGGGGCACCCCGCUGUCCCCUCACAGCUGCGACAUCCCCGCCUCGCUGGCGUUCAAGGGCAUGCAGACUGCCAGGGAGGGCAGCCACUCUGUCACGGCCUCCGCUCUCUGA